GAGGAGCAACAACGAUCAGAUCAGUGUAACAACAUUUGGCGUUUACAAAGCUAAACUUGAGUGAUCAACAAAAUAAUUGUUUGCUAAUUUUUUCAAGUGUAUAGAAUAUACAAAAACAACAUAAAACAAAAUGCCUUGCCCAUGUGGAAGCGGAUGCAAAUGCGGCUCAGAGCCUAAGACUGGCAAUUGUGGUUGCGGUUCGGCCUGCAAAUGCUGUCCCUGUGGAAGCGCUUGCAAAUGCGGCUCAGGAACUCAAAGCGGCAGUUGCGGUUGCGGUUCCAGCUGUAAAUGUGGCCAAUAACAAGCAUCAUCAAAUAACAUCUGUGGAAAUGACCGUACCUUAUUAAGUUUAAGCAGUUUUUUUAAUUUAUUUUCAUAAAUACAUACAUACAUGUGUACAUACAAACAUACAUACAUGCAUACAUAUGUACAUAUAAGAAAAUUAUUUGAACACUUGUACGUAAUGCAAAAGUAAACCUAUCGCAUUUCUUUAUCAAUAAACAACAAAACAGAAAUAAAUCCA